AAACAAUACUCGCAGGCAUUUAAACGGUCGGCCGUCAGGAGAGAGAGGGAAGGGAGGAAAGGGGAGCGGAGCUCGGAGAAAAUCGGAUACAGCUGAUGGAAACAUACAACAGUGAAAGUGUAAAGACACCUCAGCACUAACUGAAGCACUGAAACCGAAAAGGCAGUACAGAACUGGAGAGCUGAGGGAUGCUGAGAGAGCAUGUCUCUAGAAGGAACAGCGACGCCUGGGCUUUCUGUAAAAGAAGCCCCAUCCUGAUCUCCCAGCAGAACUUCACAGAGACGCUGCCCACAGAGAUGAGCGUGCGAAUCUUCAGCGAGCUGGACCUGAGGAGCCUGUGCCACGCCUCACUUACCUGCAAGCAAUGGAACAACAUUAUCGAGGGCAGUGACCACCUCUGGAGGAGCCACUGUCUGAGCGUACUGGCUGUGUGUCGCAGAGAGGUGGACGGGGACAGACAAGACGGACUUUCUUGGAAGGUGACUCUGGUGCGGAACUACCAGAAGGGCUGCGUGAAGAAAAGAUGGUUAAAGGGCCGCUAUAGCAAUAUCUGCUGUGCUGAGGAUCUUCCACCAAACAGCAUGUGUCCUCUAGACGUGGAGACAUGGGGGGAGAUCCUGGAGGCUGAGCUGGAGCGAUAGACACAAGAGACUUUUAGGGUGAGGGUAAAAGACUGAAAUACUGUCAGGACUCCCUCCUGAGAGCAAUUACGCCUGAAACACUUGGUCAUUCAUUUAAUGUAAUGACAUUUUGACAUUGUUAAGAACAUUUUUGUAAUCAGUGUUCAACCAUGCUUGAUGAAUGUCACAACUGAUGUAUGUUGGUGUCAGCUAUGUUGUUCACCAAUAUAGGGCCCAGUUAAUUUAUUGUUAUUUCUAUAAGGACAAUGACAUGAGGCCUUUAGUCGGACAAUGACUAAUUGACGCAUUGUCAGAAAAUAGUAAUGUAAUUGUAAAUCAUACUUUUACAAAUGGAAUAAGGACAGUACCAUUUUAGAUUUUGUUUCUCCAAUUAAGAAAAUAGCAUUUUUAAGUGUUUGAUUUUAAAUCUAUACUUGAGGCUUAAAAAGUGAAUGUUUGUGUGCUGUUAAUUUAAAUCCUGGAAUAUAAAGACUUUUAUUCUGACAUUAUUCUUUAAAACACGUUAUUUAAAAAUAUAUGACCUGUAUGUUAAUUUAUGUUCAAUUUCAUUUGAACAGCCGCCUUAUUUUUUUCAUGAAAUCAGUGUUUCAACUCUUAGUACCCUUAUUGGUUACUACAUGAAACACUGUAAUAAAACAUACGAGUUGAAA